CACUGGGGAUCCACUCAAGGCUCCGGAAGACAGGGGGCUGCCAGGGCCUGCCUUCAAGGAAGGCCGCUGCCUGUUCAUCAUCCUGCUCAUGGCGGUGUACUGGUGCACGGAGGCCCUGCCCCUGUCGGUGACCGCGCUGCUGCCCAUCGUCUUCUUCCCUUUCCUGGGCAUCCUGCCCUCCCACAAAGUCUGCCCCCAGUACUUCCUCGACACCAACUUCCUCUUCCUCAGUGGCCUGAUCAUGGCCUGUGCCAUCGAGGAGUGGAACCUGCACCGCCGGAUCGCCCUCAAGGUCCUGAUGCUCGUUGGGGUCCAGCCGGCCAGGCUUAUCCUGGGGAUGAUGGUGACCACCUCAUUCAUGUCCAUGUGGCUGAGCAACACUGCCUCCACCGCCAUGAUGCUGCCCAUUGCCAGUGCCAUUCUGAAGAACCUCUUUGGGCAGAAGGAGGCUCGGAAGGACCUCAGCAGGGACCGUGAAGACAACAGAGGACUUCCUAUUGCUGUGACCAAAGAACCUGACACGCUCAGUGUAGAGGGAAGGAUUUAUGCUGGCUCACAAUUUCAGAGGUUUCGGUCCACGGUUGCUCGGCUCCAAGGCGCUGUGCGGGGGAACGGGCUGCACACUGUGCCUGCUGAGACUCAGUUUCUGGCCAGCGCGCACCCAGAGGGCAGAAGCCACUCCGAGGAGGUGGAGGCGCCACUGGACCUGCUCGCCGACUCCAAGAAGGAAGAGGAGUACCACAGGAACAUCUGGAAGGGCUUCCUCAUUUCCAUCCCCUACUCGGCCAGUAUUGGGGGCACGGCCACCCUCACAGGCACAGCCCCCAACCUCAUUCUGCUGGGCCAGCUGAAGAGUUUCUUCCCACAGUGCGAUGUAGUGAACUUUGGCUCCUGGUUCAUCUUCGCCUUCCCCCUCAUGCUGCUGUUCCUGUUGGUGGGCUGGCUCUGGAUCUCCUUCCUCUAUGGGGGGCUGAGCUUCAGGGGCUGGAGAAAGAAGAAAUCAGAGAUAAGAUCGGACGUAGAAGACAAGGCUCUAGUUGUGAUUCGGGAAGAAUUCCAGAACUUGGGGCCCAUCAGUUUUGCCGAGCGGGCCGUUUUCAUCUUGUUCUGCACGUUUGCCAUCCUCCUCUUCUCCCGGGAUCCGAAGUUCAUCCCUGGCUGGGCCAGCCUCUUCAAACCUGGGUUUGUUUCUGAUGCUGUCACAGGCAUGACCAUUGUCACCAUCUUGUUCUUCUUCCCGUCCCAAAGGCCUUCUCUCAAGUGGUGGCUUGACUUCCAAGCUCCCAAUGUGGAGACCAAGCCCCUGCUGACCUGGCAGAAGGCUCAGGAGUCGGUGCCCUGGAACAUCAUCCUUCUCUUGGGAGGGGGCUUUGCCAUGGCCAAAGGCUGUGAGGAAUCAGGGCUCUCGGUGUGGAUCGGGGGGCAGCUGCACCCGCUGGAGAACGUGCCCCCCGUGCUGGCGGUGCUGCUCAUCACCGUCGUCAUCGCCUUCUUCACGGAGUUUGCCAGCAACACGGCCACCAUCAUCAUCUUCCUGCCUGUCCUCGCAGAGCUGGCCAUCCGCCUGAGGGUGCACCCGCUGUACCUGAUGAUCCCGGGCACAGUCGGCUGCUCCUACGCCUUCAUGCUGCCGGUCUCCACGCCCCCCAACUCCAUCGCCUUCGCUUCUGGGGACUUGCUGGUCAGAGACAUGGUACGAACCGGCCUCCUGAUGAACGUGAUGGGCGUCCUGCUGCUCAGCGUGGCCAUGAACACCUGGGCGCAGAGUAUCUUCCAGCUGGGCACCUUCCCAGACUGGGCCAGUCCCCACUGGGCCGACGUCCACGCAGCCAAUGUCACAGCACCGCCACCCACCUUGCCGAACAACACGCUUCACAGCCUCUGACACGCGCAUGCCCCGGGGGAUUCCCUUUGGGUGGGGCAGGUAUCCAGCAGCGCCACACUUGCUGCCAGGACCCUAAGGAUGGUCAAACAAUUCCUUUCUGUGAUCCAAUCCACCGCAGCAAGCGUGGAAAUCUCCAGUGUCCACCCAGACCCGCGAGCUCUUGUUUAGGACACUUUGUCUUUCUCUCUCUUGCCGUUCAAGGCCUAUUCUCUCCCAGAUCUGCUGCCUCAUCAAGCCCCUCUCUGUAACCUGUCCUGUACUUAGGGUACCAGAGAGACCAGUUUAGCCGCAUAGCAAGGCUGGGAUGGCGUUUGUCUUGUACACUUGGGAUGGGAAGCUGUGUUCACCCCCAUGGGCACAGCUAACUUUCUUCCCCACGGACUACUUCAAGUCUCUCUGGAGAGACCAUCUUGGCUCUCAGGACCACUUUGCCUACAGAGACUUUGGGGCCAGAAAGUUCCAGGCCAGAUGUUGAAGCUGUUCCCACCUUGGGUGGGCUCUGCUUGGCUGGUGCCUGCUCUGCACCAGCUGUUUUGCUGUUACCCCUGCGGUUACCCAACAGGCAGGGAUUACUCCCAAUCCCUGGGACAGAGAGAGGGACAGAUGACUUCCUGAGGACAUGGGGACUGCAAGGCUGGUCUCUGGGGCUCCCGAGCACACCAGGGGAGUUUGAGAACCCCUGUGACAGCUGAACCCUGAAACUUUAGAGCUCUCCUCUUUCAUCUCAUUCAGCUCGGCACAAGUCUGAGGUCGCCCAAUUCUGGGCCCAGUCCUUUCACAGGUGACCCAUGGCCCUGCAGCCAGGACGCGCCUGCAUCGGACCUUGGGGGCCUCUGUGGAUGAGUCAGCUCUUGUUUUUCUGGUCCCAGCAGUUGGUCCCCAUCCUGCUCCAAUAGUAAGCAUGUUUAAUUCCCAAAGGUCAUAUUUUUCAGAAAGAAAAGUCAAAGGAUAAAUUGGGCCUUAUAGAAGUCCACAGUAAAAUGUCUCUAGCAGACAGCAUAUUGCCGUCCCCUUCCAGGGAUGGGGAAACUGAGACAUUCCCACCACCCCGUGGCCAGAGUGAGGAAGGUCGCAGUGGACGCCAUCGCUCCUAGUUUCCCCAGAGACAGCCCGAAGCCCCACGCCUGCACAGCAUGGGGCAAGGCGCUCAGGGAGCUUCUUGGCCUGGGCAACCCAGCAA